UUUUAUUUAGGUGCGGCUCCUGGCUAAGUCAAAUGGAUUAAUAGCAAAUUCUGAGAGUCGUGCUGCAGAGUUGCUCGUUAAAUUUCUCCCCAAACCCAAAAUAUUCCGCCAUGUUUCUAGAUAAAAGAAUUUCAUGAUGUUAAAAAAGAAGAGGAACAUCCGACAGAGGGAAGAAAGCAGCGACGGGGAAGGCGAAACGACCAACCAAAUUCCGUUUUUGGAGGAGACCUAUCAUACGCAAGUCAAAAAUGUUCAGAAGUCGUUGCAGGAGAAACUCGAGAAAAAGAGCAAGAAAAAAGACGGGAAAAGUGGGGGAGCGGAGGGUGGAGGCGUCGGGGUGGGGAGCUCUGGUAGUUUGCUCAGCUUUGAUCAUGACGAAGAAGAAGAAGGAGAAGUAUUUCAGAUCAAGAAGUCCAGCCACAGUAAGAAGGUAGCCAGGAAGCUGAGGGAGCAGGCCAGGAAAGAGAGACAGCGAGAGGAGUUGUCUCGGCUGGUCAAGGAGUCUGCUGAAAAGGGCAAAAAGCUCUCGGAUGUAAAGGGUAACGGCGCAGCCAACAAACAGCUAGGGACAAGAUCAAAGCCCCAGGAUCGAGCUGAACUGAUCCUAAAUGGCCUGGAGGCAGAGGUAGCUGCCAUGGAGGAGGAAGACCGGAGGGAGUUGGAGGAAUCAGUGCCCCUCGUCGCCCCAGGUGUGAUACCAGAUGCAGCCACCAUCUUCGCCGCCCGGAAGCGGCGUCAGAUCGCCAGGGAGACGGGAGGCCGUGCCGACUACAUCCCCCUUGACGACACGCAGCGCUACCGCAACACGAGCGGCAAGACUGGUCGGGAGGAGUCGCGGCUGGUGCGCGAGGAUGACAACGACGCCAGCGGCAGCGACGAGGAAGGCCGCGUGAGCUUCACGAUGAAGCAGCAGACCAGUCGCCAGCGGAUGCAAGACGUGAUCAGUGAAAAUGCAGAGGACGGAAGCGAUCAAGACAAAGACCACGACGAGGAGCUGCAGCGCUGGGAACAGGAGCAAAUCAAGAAGGGCACCAGUGUACCGCAAGCCCAAGACACUGCUCCAUCGUCGUCUGCAGCUGCCGCCGCUGCCGUGGCCGCUUCCUACUACUACCAGCAGGAGUUCCCUUACGGCCAGCCCGCUAACCAGUACGCUGCACCCGUGGGUGGGGCUUAUGGUCUAGGGGCUGAGCAACAGCCCAUCGUGCACGCCCUGAACACGACGCCAAUGUGCGAGAUGCCCUCAGUGACCACUGAACAAGUCAAGAAGAAACUGAAAGAUUGGUUUGAAUCAGUCAAGGAUGUUCAUCGCGCCCACGAGCGUGAGCUGGACCAGCUCCAGGAGCGGUUGGAAUCCUCGGCCGAUACUUCCAUCAGCUUGAAGGACACCCAGGGGGAUGUCACCGGCCAGUACAGAUUCUUCCAGGAGAUGAAAGGCUACGUCAAAGACUUGGUGGAGUGCUUUGGAGAGAAGGUGGUCAUCAUAGACGGCCUGGAGAUGGCCAUGACCGUCCUGCUGAAGUCACGAGCUGACGCGCUGGCCCAGCGACGGCAGACGGACAUCCGUGACCAGUCUGUGGAGUUCACUGGCAUGCUGCAGCGGGCGGCGCUGUCCGCCAACUUUGACAGCGGCAGUAAGGCCAAGAGUGAAGACAUCACUAAGCAACGGCGAGCGGCCGAGAGAGAAGCGAGGAGGGCUCGGAGACGGCGUGCCAGGGAAAGCCAGAGCGCCGAGGAGACGGGGAGCCACAUGGAAGGCAUGUCUAGUGACGAUGAACAGCGGGAGAGUGAUGCGGACAAGUUCAACAAAGAAAGAGACCGCAUCAUGGCCGAGUCGCAGCAGGUCUUCGAGGACGUGAUGGAGGACUACCACGCCAUCUCCUUCAUCCUGGGCCGCUUCCAGCGCUGGAAGUUCCAGCACGGCGAGUCCUACCGCGAGGCCUACAUCAGCCUGUGCCUGCCCAAGCUCCUCGGCCCGUUGGUCAGGCUGCAGCUGCUGGACUGGAACCCACUAGAGUCCGACUGCCAUGACUUGGAGGAGAUGCCCUGGUACGAGUCCAUGCUCUUCUUUGGCUUCCAACAGUCCGAGGACAUUGACUCUGAGGACCUGGACGCCUCCCUCAUCCCAAGUCUGGUUCAAAAGGUAGUGUUACCCAAACUGACAGAUAUGGUCAAGGAAGUCUGGGACCCAGUCUCCUCCACCCAGACAAACAGACUGGUCAGUCUGAUCCACAAACUGGUGGAGGACUACCCGACCGUCAACAGCGACAGCAAGAACACCAGGGACUUGCUGAAAGCGCUGGUGGAGAGAAUGCGGCGAACGUUGGACGAGGACGUCUAUAUGCCUCUGUUCCCAAAGGACAUGCUUGAGAAGUCGGCUGCUGCCAACAGCUUUAUGCAGAGACAGUUCUGGUCGUGUGUCAAGUUGCUUGGCAACUUGUUGCUGUGGCACGGUCUGAUAUCUGAGGAUCACCUGCUGGAGUUGGCCGUCGAUGGACUGCUGAAUCGCUACAUGCUGUUGUCGUUGCAGAACUCUGACGUGAACGAUGACAGCAUCCUCAAGUGUGAACGAAUUGUGGCCACCUUUCCACCCCAGUGGUUCAAGGACUUACAGGGUGACGAGACGCUGAGACAGCUGGAGCCGUUCUGCCGGUACCUGGAACACGCCGCGGAGUCGCUGAAGAGGCAGGGUACAGUGGGGAACGACAUCGAAAGGAGAAUCGCCAGGUCUGGCUUGAAGGCGGUCACCAAGCUGCUGGUCACCAUCCACGCCAUGGACCAUGCCCUGAACAUCUCCCAGGGGCUGAGCCUGCGAGACAUGAAGGAGAUACUGGAGAAGCAGUGACGUCUCCCAAGAACCCGCACUGGCACGCGGGUGGGGGGCGUCCCCGGUCAGGUGGUUGGGUGCGUGGACGACCCUGUCAGCACCACCUGGUUGAAGUGGAGAGCGCAUGCUGUGGGCACUGUCGUUUUUUGGGUCUUUUUUAACCGUUCUUGAUCUCGAUUGGGGUCAUCUGUGUAAUGUUUAGACUUUGUUUUCCCUUUUUUCCCACCAUCUGUGUAGGGAAAUGUGUUCACUCUAAUCAUGUGUCUUUUUUUUUUUGCUGGGGGUAGGGGGAAACUUCUGUGCCGAUACUUGGCUUAGGAAAUACCACAGGGUUUUUCACCAUGGCUUUCAAGCCUUAAAUCCAGGCAGGCACUGUUCACAGGAGCAAAAACAAAUUUCGCAUUUCACGUUUUCCAUUUUGUUUGACACGAUGUUGGUAGUCGUAAUCUAGUCGAAAAACACAGGAAGAAGUGACUUGUGAUGCUGCUCUCUGAUCGUCACUAAAUACUUGUAAUAAAAGCAUACUAUCGAGCUGUCGUAUUUUGGGAACAGUGUUAUCUUGUGCGUUUUUAUUUCAAAGUUACAACAGAACGUGAACAAAGUAUCCGAAAGUAUUUGGAAUAAAAUGUCUUGUAAAAAACUUG